AUGAAGUUUCUGGCUUCGAUCGCGGCGGCAGCCGCGGCGCUCUCGAGCACCGUGUCCGCCGUAGGCGUGUCCGGCGCGGCUGAGGGCUUCGCCAAGGGCGUGACUGGCGGUGGCUCGGCGACGCCCGUGUACCCGUCGACGACGGCGGAGCUGGUCUCGUACCUGGGCGACAGCCAGGCGCGCGUCAUCGUGCUGACCAAGACGUUCGACUUCACCGGCACCGAGGGCACGACCAGCGGCAGCGGCUGCGCGCCCUGGGGCACCGGCUCGGCCUGCCAGGUCGCCAUCAACAAGGACAAGUGGUGCGACAACUACCAGGCCUCGGCCCCCAAGGUCUCGGUCAAGUACGACAACGCCGGCCUGCUCGGCAUCACCGUCGGCUCCAACAAGAGUCUGAUCGGCUCCGGCUCCAAGGGCGUCAUCAGGGGCAAGGGUCUGCGCAUUGUCAGCGGUGCCAAGAACAUCAUCAUCCAGAACAUCCACAUCACCGAGCUGAACCCUCAGUACGUCUGGGGUGGUGAUGCUAUUACUCUCGACGGUUCGGACAUGGUUUGGAUCGACCACGUCAAGACCUCCAAGAUCGGCCGCCAGCACAUCGUUCUCGGCAACAGCGCCUCGAACAGAGUCACCAUCUCCAACUGCGAGAUCGACGGAGUCAGCAACUACUCGGCCACCUGCGACGGCAACCACUACUGGGCGCUGUACUUCACCGGCUCGGGCGACCUGGUCACCUUCAAGAACAACUACGUGCACCACACCUCGGGCCGCGGGCCCAAGGUCGCCGGCAACACCCUGCUGCACGCCGUCAACAACUACUGGUACAGCAGCUCGAGCCACGCGUUCGAGGUCGACAAGGGCGCCAUGAUCCUGGCCGAGGGCAACGUGUUCCAGAACGUGCCGGCGCCCGUGCUCGACCCCAUCGCCGGCCAGCUCUUCACCAGCCCCGACGCCAACUCCAACGCCGCCUGCUCCUCCUACCUCGGCCGCGCCUGCCAGGCCAACGCCUUCGGCAGCUCCGGCGCCUUCAGCUCCGCCACCACCGGCUUCCUGUCCAACUUCAAGGGCAAGAACAUCGCCAGCGCCUCCACCGCCGCCGCGGCCAAGAGCGUCUCGAGCACCGCUGGAUUCGGCAAGAUCUAA